AUGGCCACCACGACGGCUUUGCUGGAGACCACGGUCGGGCCGAGCGAGCUGGGCAGCACCUCGUUUGUGCCCAACGCGACCAUGCAUACCUACGUCGAUGAGCACGCCGAUUGCGCUUCCUGCUACCUGUUCAUCUUCUUGCUGCUCUCCAUGGCAUCCUAUCGCAUCGGACAGUGGGCUUCGCACCUCAAGAUGCUGGCUCUCACCGGCUACCUCAUCACCGGCAUCCUGGCUGGUCCAGACAUCCUUCACAUCUUAUCGCGACCGGAGAUUGACGAUCUGCGCUUUAUUGAUCGCCUCGCAUUGGCCCUGAUCGCCUUUACUGCAGGCGCUGAGCUCUAUCUUCCCCAUCUCUACCAAUUCCUUCCCAGCCUUCUCCGCAUUGUAACUGCCACCACCAUUGUCGGUCUCGUCGGCUUUUUCGUUGUGGCUUUUGUUGCCGCCCCCCUGACCGAUUUCAUGGAUCGCCUCUCCCCGGGCCAACAGGCAACGGUGGCCCUGCUGGGCGCGGUCAUCUCCGUAGCAAGCUCUCCUUUGGCUACAAUCGCCAUCAUCAACAAGCAUCGGGCCAAGGGCCCCUACGGGCAAAUGGCUUUGGGAGUCGUGCUCCUCAAGGAUGCCGUCGUCAUCGUCCUCUACGCCGUGGUGGUCCACGUCGCCUUUGGCGUGUUUACAGAUGACGGCCGGCCCGACAAUGGUCUCAUUGUCCUUUAUGUCAUCGGUGAACUUAUUCUCACCGUCCUCAUUGGCUUGGCCAUGACGCCUUUUCUAUAUGCGCUCGCCCGCCUCGAUGCCAACCGUCUCGAUCAAUUUGCCCGCCAGCGCAUCUUUCGUGGUUGGACGCAACCCCUGCUCUACGACCGCUUCCUCGCCGGCAACUUUCAGCUCUUUCGCGGCGGAUUGCUCUUGGCCGCGGCAUACGGCCUCUACGAAGCUCAACGUGCCCUUCGUGAUCACGCAUCCAUCCACAUUCAGUAUUCGCUCGCCUGCAUGACCGCGACGGCCACCCUCAUCAAUUACAAAAAGGAUCUGCGCCUCAUGUGGAGUCUGCAUGAAAUGAUUCAAAGCAUUGCACCUUAUGUGUUUACCACCUUCUUUACUUACGUCGGCAUGUCCUUUGAUUUCAUGCUUCUCGGCAACGUCGUCGGGGCUGCCGUGCUGCUCUUCGUUGUGCGAAUCGUCUGCCUCUUUGUGGGCGGCUACGUGGGAUGCUGGUGGGCCAACGAGCCGGCUCGCCACGGCCAAUUUGCUUUUCUUGCCAUGAUCAUGCAAGCUGGUGCUGGCAUGGCGUACGCCACUUUUCUCGAGGACGAGUUUCACACCGAGGGUUGGGGUCCAUCCUUCGCCACCAUGACCGUGUUUAUGAUUCUCUUGGCUCAGGUGAUUGGCCCGCGUACCCUGAAGUGGGCGCUACUGCAUUUCAAAGAGGCCGAAAAGCGCCGCACACGGUCUCUCAAGCGGUCGGCGGAUGAAUCGGACGACGACAGUGACGAGGACGAUGAUGGUGACGGGGAACCUUAUGAAGACUUUAUGGCCUACGACCCCUUUGCCAUUCACUCCAACUUGGUUGGCUCGCGGCGACCUUCAUGGCGCGCCCAUCAUUCCUGA